CAACACACAAAGUGUAUUAUUAUAUUUUCAACGCGUGACACUCAUCGGAGACUUUACCAAGGGUACAAAAUCGUUUACUAAAGAGCUUUAUCCAUCCAGCAUGUCAGAGACAGUGAAGUACGUGGACGAUGAGCACAAGACCAUCUUCCUGAAGCUACUGAACGAGCAGCGUCUGGAGGGGGAGCACUGCGACAUUGCCGUGGUCGUGGAGGAUGUCAAGUUCCGCGCCCACCGCUGUGUCCUCGCCGCCUGCAGCAACUACUUCAAAAAGCUGUUCAAGAAGCAUGAGGUGGACAACUCGUCUGUCAUCGAGAUCGACUUCAUCCGCUCUGACAUUUUUGAGGAAGUGCUCAACUACAUGUAUACAGCCAAAAUCUCCGUCAAGAAGAAGGACGUCAACCUGAUGAUGUCGUCGGGGCAGAUCCUCGGCAUACGUUUCCUGGACAAGCUGUGCUCCCAGAAGCGUGACCUGACGGCCGAGGAGAAGCAUGACAAGUUCCCCUACGACAUUGUCAAGUUGGCUAUGCCCCCUGACGACCCCUCCCUGACCUCUGACCCUGAUGUACAGGUGCUGGGGGAGCACCACGACACACCUACCCAUGACCUUGUAGAGGACACCUCAGCCAAUCACGAGCUUGACAAGUCUCCCAGCUCCGCCUUGCGUGUGCAGGAAGCCAUCCUGAAAGAGCUAGCCAAUGAGGACGUCCACAAAGUGAGCUGCUACGACCAGGACGUGGUAGAGCCCAUGGACACAGAGCCCAAAGACCUGGGCCACGCCGCCCAGACUCUGACAUUCACAGACAGCAUGGGGGAGGUGAAGGACGAGCACACAGCCAGCUGGACCACCGCCACCACAGACAUGAAGUUCGAGUACCUGCUGUACGGCCACCGCGACCAGCUAGCCUGCCAGGUCUGCGGGAAGACCUUUGUGGACGAGAACCGCCUGAGGAAGCAUGAAAAGCUGCACUCAGCCGAGCGGCCGUUCGUGUGUGAGAUUUGCAGCAAGGCCUUCACCACGCAGGCCCACCUGAAGGAGCACCUGAAAAUCCACACAGGCUUCAAGCCCUACCGCUGCGACGUUUGCGGGAAGUCCUUCAUCCGUGCGCCCGACCUCAAGAAGCACGAGCGCGUCCACAGCAACGAGCGCCCGUUCGGGUGCCAAAUGUGCGACAAGGCCUUCAAACACAAGUCGCACCUGAAGGACCACGAACGGCGGCACCGCGGGGAAAAGCCAUUUGUCUGCAGCUCCUGCACCAAGGCGUUUGCCAAAGCCUCCGACCUGAAAAGGCACGAGAACAACAUGCACAGCGAGAGGAAGCAGCUGGCGCCGUCAGUGCUGCAGACGGAGACGGAGCAGCUGCAGGCUGCAGCCAUGGCGGCCGAGGCAGAGCAGCAGCUGGAGUCGAUAGCCUGCUCGUAGCAGCCGCUCACAGCCCCUGGAAGCAGCCGUCCGCUGGCUGGAGCUCCAGCAGAACCUCACAUUCUCUGAACAGUUAAGGAAACUCUGAACAAUGAUGGGAAAACCUCUGUGGAUCUGUUUGGUCGUCUUUUUUGGUGAGGUGCCACUGUGGGUAGAACUAGGACUCUGUACUUAAUGAACAGGUUCCAUGUUGUCUUGUGGGUAUUUGUGGGACACAUGAGAUUGUCAUAAAAAUUAUUGAUAAAUAUUUUUGGUUAGAUUAUGAUUUCUGUUUUUCUUGCACUGUAAAAUGGUAAGGACAUUUUUUGAUGGCUGAUGAACUUCACGGUUGAGGAGGUUGUGAAGCUUCUCACUAGAGCUGUCUGCUGUGUAGUUAUGGUAACAAAUGGUCAGGUGGCUCUUCAAUGGACCUCCCUCCUGGUUGGACCAUGUGCCUGAUUGGUCACAUGGUGCUGUGUCUUAUCUAUGAUCAUGACUACUGGAUAUUAUGUGUAAAAUUGUAACAUAGCUACAUGAAAAAAAUUCGUGGCCCAUACAUCUUUUGUAAAAUAUUUUAUUUGAUCACACGCAUCACCUCAUACUAUCAAAUUGCAUGUGAAUUUAUCAAAUUAAAAUAUCUGAUACUUUAAUAAAAAUGCUACUUUGAACUGCCAACAACGUUGCGUAUGUCGAUUUUGAUCACACAAAGUAAAGGCUAUGUGUGUUUGCUAAUAAAAUGAGUUAACGGCCUCAGUGAAGGCUUUUCAACAAGAACCUUGAUCAGUGACUAUUAAUUAACUCAACAAGCAUGCGCAGGUACUCGGACUAACAGGUGUUUAGAAUAAAGUUUUCUUCAGGUUCGGCGACGGCUCGGCCUCUAAUGAGUGGACAAAUAGGUAAGUUGAAAGAAGGGAAGAGAUAGCAGACACAAAAUCACAUAAUAAUCACAUAAUAAUCACCUAUUGACCUACAUGAGAAUAGUUUCUUGGCCACCGUUGUUUGUAGCCUAUUUUAGUAACGCAG